GAGAAAUAGAAAUAGAGAAUUGGGAUCCCCAAAUUGCGAUUGUUAGCUUAUCCUCUGUGGGUGGUUCAUUCAAAUUUUUUCCGUUGUUCCCAAAAUAACGUAGUGUUAGUGAAAUCCAGGUUCAGCUGGACCUAUGUGCGAGUAGUGGUGCUGUGGCUUGAGCGGAGGAGAUUUCAACGGAUAGGAAAGAAAAGCAGGUGAGGGACCAACGGCGACGGUACAAAGGGAUAUGAUUGUGGUUUCUAGAACCUUUAUAUGAAAAUAAGUGGGUUAGGAAGGCCUUCUUCGGUUAUGACUUAUAGACUGGGCUGGAGAAACGCCCAUUAAGUUUUGACUUGUAAGCAGUCUGCAACUGUGAUUAGAGUUGUAGCCUAGGAAAGCCCAACACGGGAAUACACGGAAAGCCGAAUACGGCAAUCAAACAAUAUAACCCGACCCUUUUACACGGAAAGCCCAACCCGGCAAUACAUUAUCCGUACCUUUCUCUUUACCUACGAGUCUACAACCACAAUCUCAAGCUUUCAACUACUUUGGUUGAACUACCCGGUACCGGUGGACAUAAAAACUACCGAGUGCCCAGCGUCUCCAAGUGCAAAAAUGGAGAAGAGCUCAUGGGACUACUGGGUACAGGAGGCUCUUGCAAAGCUUGAGUCGCUAAAACUGCUUCGAUCUUUAAGGCCCAUUUACCUCUCUAAAGAGUCUAACCCUUCGAGAAAGGUUGCACUUGGAGUUAAUUACGAGGUGUUCGACGAAAUGCAGCCAUGGGAUCGGUCCUCCGUUGAAGUCUCCAUUUCAGAGUCCACAUUUCAGAAAUGGCUCCUUGAAAUUCCCAGUUCCGGAGAUGAGAUUGUGUGUGGAAAUGGAGUGACUGACCAUAAAGUUGAGCAGUCCAAGAAGCUACUUUUAUUCUCUGGCAAUGAUUACUUGGGGUUGAGUUCACAUCCCACAAUUGGCAAGGCUGCUGCAAAGGCAGCCCGAGAACAUGGAAUGGGACCAAGAGGUUCUGCUUUAAUCUGUGGAUACACCAGUUACCAUAGGGAAUUAGAGUCUUGCUUGGCAAACUUGAAGAAGAAAGAGGAUUGUCUUCUUUGUCCGACAGGGUUUUCUGCUAAUAUGGCAGUGAUGGUAGCUCUUGGAAACAUCAGCUCUCUUUUGGCUUCAGCUGAAAAACCUCCAAAGAAAGAAAAGAUUGCCAUAUUUUCUGAUGCACUGAAUCAUGCUUCAAUAAUUGAUGGUAUUCGUCUUGCUGAACGACAACAGAAUGUAGAGGUGCAUGUGUAUAAACACUGUGAUAUGUCCCACCUUCGUUCACUAUUAUCAAGUUGCGCAUUGAAGAAAAAAGUUGUUGUGACAGAUAGCUUGUUUAGUAUGGAUGGAGAUUUUGCACCAAUGGUUGAGCUUGUGAAACUUCGCAAGAGGCAUGGUUUUUUGUUAGUCAUUGAUGAUGCUCAUGGAACAUUUGUAUGUGGAAAAAAUGGUGGUGGAGUGGCUGAGGAGUUUAAUUGUGAAAGAGAUGUUGACAUAUGUGUUGGAACUCUGAGUAAGGCUGCUGGUUGCCAUGGCGGAUUUAUAGCAUGCAGCAAAAAUUGGAAGAAACUCAUACAAUCAAGAGGCCGCUCUUUUAUAUUUUCAACUGCUUCUCCAGUCCCUGUUGCUGCUGCUGCCCAUGCUUCUGUUAUUGUGGCAAAAAAGGAAGUGUGGCGUAGAAAUGCAAUUUGGAACAGAGUUAGGGAGUUUCAGGCUUUAACUGGAAUCCCCAUCAAAAGUCCCAUAAUUUCUCUAAUUGUUGGGAGUGAAGAAAAAGCCCUGCAAGCCAGCCAGCAUAUGUUGAAAUCUGGUUUUCAUGUGACUGCAAUCAGGCCCCCAACAGUGCCUCCAAACUUAUGCAGGCUGCGAGUGACUCUGAGUGCAACUCACACAGCAGAUGAUUUGAAGCAACUGAUAGCCGCACUGUCCUGUUGCAUCAACAUUCAAGAAAUUGGGAGCAACAGCUUAUACGCAUAUGCUAGACUCUAGAAAUUAAUCCGGGUUCAUCAUAUCAGUUAUGAAGAAUAGUAGAAUAAGGAGAAUUAUAGCAAGGCAAAUGAGAUACUAGUGCACACAAUUGGUGUGUGGUAGAGAUCAGGUCUUGUUAAAGAAGAUUUAGUUUCCAUUUCAGCUUAUUUUAGUCAAUGUAUUACUUUGGCAAAUUUAGUGUAAACACUGAGUUAAUGUAGUAGGACAAGUUCAUGCAAAUUGUUCCUAAACAAUAAUUGAGAAUGCAUGGGCCUGAGCCUGCCCAAUAUUAUAGCUCCUA